AUGCACUGCCUCAUCUGGUGCACCCUUCUCGUGGUCCUCUGCUUGGGCCAUGCUCUGGUUGAUUUCCCCAAGUUCUACAGGUCAGUUCGGCAUUUCUAUGUAUAAUAAAUAAAUAUAUAAUUGAUCUGACAUUUUUAGUGAUCCAAUGCAACUGAUGAUUGGACGUCCAUCACGAGCCAUUAACUACAGAUCCGAGCGAUUAAAAGGCUUUGGGUCAGAACAAGUAAGAGAAUCUUCAUCUUUAUGAAGUCUAACAUAAAACUGAACUCUUCUCCAAACUUUAGAAAUGGAAACGACGCCGCGCAACUCCCAUCCAGAUCUCGCCCUUCUUCUACCUAUCUAACCCCAAUGAAGACAGCAUGGUAUAUGUUCCACCCCAAUCUUCAUCAACCACAGAAUAA